AUGCCCUCUAAAAAGAGUGCUGCGCUUUUGGAGAUUUCCGUACCCACAUCCGAUUACAAGCUCCGAUCCUCUCAGGAUAAAUGCAUCAAAAGUUUGGCGAAGCAACUCAUCCGUGGAAUGGAGGUCUGGUCGCUCGAGGCAGACACAUUUCCGCUGCGAUAUCUUGCGGCCGUAAAUCAAGACUCAAAGUUGCUUUUUAAUAUUGUUGCCAGGCGGGAGCCUUUUAUUAAGACCCCACCACGACUGCCACAUAAUGUGAAAAUCCGUAACACUGAGAUCACCCAUUCGAAGCAGCUGUAUGCGGCCACAUCAAAGGCAUGCAAGUAUAGCAGUGACCGAAUCUUCUGCAUAAAGCCUUACCCAGUCAAAAGCUCCAAGGGAUCUCAAACAGCCUUGGUCACGGCCGCUGUGUUAACGAUGAUCAACGAUACGGUGAUCCCUGAAAAGAGGCGAUUAAAAUUGCCUAAGGGCUGA